AUGACUGAAAUAAACUACCGUUCUUUACCACCGGAUGCGGCGGAGGUGAAUCUGUUGUACCACAAAAUUGAAAAACUCGACAGUGACUUGAAGAAGCGAGAGUUGCACCUCGCAGAGCUCAUUGAUGAGGUUGUGUAUGCAGAGGAUAAUAAAGACAAGGCCCUCCGUCGUGCGGAGUCGGCCCGCUAUCUUGUGAUUCAGUUGGAGAGUCUCCUGCAGGACUUGUUGGGAUAUGUGAAGGUGAUUGAAGGAAAUGUGCUGUUGCCCGCCUUCCUUGAGCUCGGCAGUGUGGUACCGCAGGAGCCGGUGAUGAAUAGAGAAGCCAUCAGUCACGCUCUGCAGAACUUAUCGGAGGAUAAUCUCUCUACACGCACAAAGAAACUCAUCACGGCAGUGCAAGAACUUCCAUCAGAGACUAAAAACCUCGCCACUCGUGAGGUGUUUAUGCGAAAUAUGACUGAAGAACGUGUAAAUAUUGAGGAUGCUAUUCUACUUUGUGGACUCCUAAUGGAGAAUAAGAAUGAACUCACUGCAUUAUUGAGUGAUUUAAGUGAUCGUAUACAGUGUAUUCUUCAAGGGAAACCGUAUGAAACACUUGUAGAAGGAACGAGUCGUAGUGUUAGUGGUUUCAAAGGUGCACCGUAUGAAUUGGAUGAACUUCAAGAACAUGUUCGGCGCCUUGAAAAGGAACGUGAUGAUCUCCGACAUCAGAUGUCUGUGAAUGAAAAUACUAUAGAGAUGAAUCGUCUCCUACAAGAAGAAAGAAAUCUCCUACAAGAAGAACGAAAAACUGUAGAAGUACAGCUUUUAGAUGCCCAACAACGACUUUUAAAGGAACAAAACAAAGCACGUGAAGUAAAUUUACGCGUGGAAUCACUUGAACAAUCUCUAGAACAGUUAGAGCAUGAGAAGGGGUUAUUACAAAGAGAAAUUAAGGAACUUAAACGUGAUCAGGUUCAUCGAAGUCGUUCUUAUUUUGAUGAACAACGUGCAGAGGAAGAAGCACAACAAAUGCGUGCUGAGUUGGAUAGUGUUAUGACAGAACACUCUGGGUUACGAGCUGCAAUGGAAUCACAACUAGCAGAUCUUAAGGCACAGAAUACAAUACUUCUUACAGAGAAAAUGGAAUAUAAGGAGAGAUUAGAUAGUAAGGAUCAACAAAUUGCUACUCUGCAAAGAAUUAAUGAUGGAUUAAAACGUGAACUUUUUGAGGUACAACAAAAGAUGCUUUCUAGUUCUUUUCCCAUUUCAAUAAAUAGGAAUGGUGGUAACAAAAAUGGGAAUGGAAAUAUAUUUAAUGAACCUACAACAGAUUUGAAUGUGGCUGAAAAACGUUUAGCAGAUAUUUCAUCACGUUUUGAAGCCGAGCGAAAACAAAUUAUUGCUCAAUUCGAUCAAGAACGUGAACGUUAUAAAGCCGAGCGGCAGGAGUGUGAUGCUCUAGUGGAGCGAAUGGCAAAUGAACUGGAGCAACUUGCGAUGGACAACCGUUCUCUCCGUGCCUCUGUGGCUUUACGGCAGUUGUAG